AUGGAGAAGUCGGAUCAUGCACACAAGCUGUACAACAGAAUGCGCCUUUGGGAAUUCCACGACCAAUAUUUCGUCGAGCCCACCGACGGCUCCUCCGCCCCCUUUCUCUCUAUCAGCCGCCUUGAUGGCUCCUUCAAUCUCACUGAUGAAGUACCGCAUUGCAAUCCGGUUCGUGUCCCGAAAAUUUGGACGAUAUUUGGUGUGGUUGGGACACUCAAGCUGCUGGCAGGGUCGUAUUUGUUGGCGAUUACCGGACGUGAAUGCGUCGGGUUUUAUCUGGGUUACCCCAUCUUUAAAGUCGUUGCAAUGAAGAUUUUUCCUUGUGAUAAUUCUCUCAAGAAUGCUUCAGAAGAACAAAGAUGGAUGGAGAGAGAGUUUUCACACUUGCUUAGUGUUUCAGAGGAAACCCCGGGCCUUUAUUUCUCUUAUGAUGUGAAUAUAUCAUUGAGCACUCAGCAACUGCACGAUUUGGGCGAUGAAUCGAAGUUGCUUCCUCUUUGGAGACAAGUGGACGCUCGGUUUCUUUGGAACAGCUACAUGUUGGAAGUUCUCAUAGAUAAUAAGCCAUCAGGUUUUCAGAAGUUCCAGUCUGCCAUUGGAAAAGACGUCCUCGACGUCACGCUGAUUGCAAGACGAUGCAAUAGAAGAACCGGUAAACUUCCGUUUUCUAUUUUUUGA